AUGGAAGGUUUAUUGAAAGAGAUUCAGAAAAGUAAAACUAGUAAAAGGAAAGUAAGUUUCAAUGAAGAGGAUACUAAUGAGAUUGAGGAUGCAAUUGAUGAAGCAAUAGCGCAAGAAGAACAACAAACUCCAAGUCAGUUACCAACUAAGGAGGUGAUUGGAGGCGAUCCAAAAAAGAAAGCAAAAACCAUUAUUCCUCCUAUAUUUGCACCAAGAACAACUCCAGGAAGUCAACCGAGUCUGAAAAGUGUGUUUCAAAACAAAAAGGCGCUUCAUGAAGUUGAUAAGCGAUUGGCCAGAUGGCUUUUGGAUUAUAUGUUGGAUGGUAUUACUGGCAUUGGGCCUGGUUAUAAAGGUCCUUCUUAUGAUAAGCUGAGGGUUAACUUAUUAGCUGAUCUCAAAAGGGAGUGUCAAAUAGUUGUUGAUAGCUAUAGGUCAGCUUGGAAAGAAACUGGAUGUACCCUCAUGGCUAAUGUGACAUAUAAUGCCGCGAAUUAUGUUGCUGCUGGUAGACUUAUUAAUAAGAAACUUGAAAAUAUUCACUGGUCACCUUGUGUUGCUCAUUACUUGAAUCUUAUUCUAAAAGAUAUAAGCAGCAUGCCACAUAUUUCUAACCUUGCAACAAGUGCUUCGAAGAUUACUGUGUUUGUGUAUAAUCAUAUGAGUAACUUUGAGUGCAAAUCGAAUUUACAAGCAUUGGUUGUUGAUACACACUUUACCGAAUAUAAAUUAAGGAGUGCUAAUGGUAGAGCUGUGAGUGCAAUUAUCCUAGAUAAUAAUAAAUUUUGGGAUGAUUGUUUUACUGCAUGCAAAAUUGUGAGUUCGUUAAUUAAAUUGCUGAGGUUGGUAGAUGCCGAUGAUAAACCAUCAUUGGAAAUUGUUUAUGAAGAUGAGAUUGAUGCUGAUUUAGAUCAAGGUGGUGGUGGUGGUAGUAGUACAUUUUAUGUUGCACCACUUGCUUUUUCUGGUCCAAGUAGUGGAAAUGAAGGUGAUGAUAUCAACGACGCAAAUUUGCAACAAUUAUGGCAGAUUUUGAUAAUUGAUGACAAACUUGAAUCAUUUUAUGUUUAA